AUUGACCUGGGAAUGUACGGUGGUUACCUUAGCAUGCCCAAGACCCUGGGUGGAUCCCAGUGCUUAAGAGCACGGCAAACGUGCCACUCAGAAUGGCAGCCACUUUAGCAAUCUGGUAGAGAAGGGUCCGAGGCUGUGCAGCUCCCAUCCUCACGUUGCACAGCUGCCUGGGAAUGGGGGAGGGUUCGGAGCUUGUGACUCAGGGCAUCCACCCUGUGGUCAGACACUCAGAUCCAGCUGAUCCAGGUGCAUGCGCAAGAGGCAGUCCUCACCCCCCACGCCACCCCGGACCCUGCUGGCUUCAAGCUCCCCGUAGGCAGGUACGGUUUCUUGGAACAGCAAGGACCCUAAGGAAGAGAUUUGUUCUGAGUACUGUCCUUUAAGCGAAGACCGGGCUCCCCUCCCCCUGGCCCUGCAGCUGUCUCUGGACAGAGGGAGGGGGAAGUGGCCAAAAAACGAGAAGUUAAGAGAAGUUCCUGUCCGGCUAUACCCAGUCUCCUCGGGACUUCAGAACUGUUGUGGCCAUGGAAUCUGUGGAGACACCUGUCAAGGACGGCCUCCUCUACCAGCAGCACAUGAAGUUUGGCAAGAAAUGCUGGCGCAAAGUGUGGGCUCUGCUGUAUGCCGGAGGCCCGGCGGGAGUAGCUCGGCUAGAAAGCUGGGACGUUCGUGAUGGUGGCCUGGGGCCAGGAGGUGACAGGCCCGCAGGGCCUGGCCGUAGAGGGGAACGCCGGGUCAUACGCUUGGCUGACUGUGUAUCUGUUCUGCCGGCGGAUGGUGAGAGUUGCCCCAGGGACACUGGGGCCUUCCUGAUCACCACCACUGAGCGAAGCCACCUGCUGGCUGCACAGCACCGCCAGUCAUGGAUGGACCCCAUCUGCCAGCUGGCCUUCCCGAGUACCGGAGAAUGUUCCUCAGGAUCAGGACAGGCUGAGAGUCCAAAAAGGGGCUUUGUCCCCAUGGAGGAAAACUCCAUCUACUCCUCCUGGCAGGAAGUUGCUGAGUUUCCGGUGGUGGUGCAGAGGACAGAGGCCACCACCCGCUGCCAGCUGAAGGGACCCUACCUCCUGGUGCUGGGCCAAGAUGACAUUCAGCUGCGGGAGACUUCCAAGCCCCAGGCCUGCUAUAGCUGGCCCUACCGUUUCCUGCGCAAGUUUGGCUCUGACAAGGGUGUGUUCUCUUUUGAGGCUGGCCGCCGCUGCGACUCAGGGGAGGGCCUUUUUGCCUUCAGUAGUCCGCGUGCACCAGACAUAUGUGGAGCUGUGGCCGCAGCCAUUGCCCGUCAGCGGGAGCGUCUUCCAGAGUUGGCCAUGUCCCCACCCUGCCCCCUCCCUCGGGCCCUCUCCCUGCCUUCCCUAGAGCCCCCUGGAGAGCUUCGGGAGGUGGCCCCAGAAUAUGAGCUGGCCCCUUCCAGAAAGCUGCCUCUAACUGAUCCUGGACCUCAAAGCCUACCCCUGCUGCUCAGCCCCACACAAGACGGGACAGCCUCCAGUCUCUAUGCGUCUGUGAGCAAGCAGACCAGCAAGCACAAAGCCACCGCGGAGCAUCUCUACGAGAACGUGUUCAUGCUGGAGGCCAGCCCCGGGCUGUCCAACGGGGGUCCUGAGGCCCAAGAGGGCCCUCCUGGUGGCCGCAGCCCCCUGGGCAGCCCCAUCUACCAUAACAGCGAGGAGCUGAGUUGGCCUGGCUCGGCCCACGACAGCAAUCUGGAAGCCCAGUACCGGAGGCUGCUGGAGCUGGAGCUCGAUGAUGCUGGAGGCGCCGGCCGUCCUGGAGCACAGACAGGCAUCAAGGCCAAGCUGGUAACCCUGCUGACUCGUGAACGGAAGAAGGGCCCCGCCCCCUGUGACCGGCCCUGAAGGCCCGUUUGGCCUCAGCAGGACAGAGGUGAUGUCCUAAAAAAACAUGAACAACUUUUGACCUGCAGGGACAAGCCAGGAGGCUUAGGGAGGAGCCACACUCUGCCUACCUCCUUCCCUCAGACUGUGUACAGAUUGACCAGUAAUAAAGCUUGCCUAUCAACUUCC